UCACACUUCUUCACUAAACACAUCACUGCAGCACUUGGAAUUUCUAUCAACACUACAGAGAGAUCAUGGAAUCGGGCGCCACGCCACGGUUUACCCGAAUACUUUUGACAGGCCCGCCAGGUAUUGGGAAAACAACGAUUUGUAAGAAGAUAUUUGAAAAAGCUCAAGGUAGUAAGCAUUCUAUAGAUGGAUUUUACACUGAAGAAGUGCGAUCAGAGAACAGAACGAGAAUAGGAUUCGAUGUGGUACCUUUGAAACAACCUGUUAACAGGGUUCCACUAGCUCGAAUUGAGUCUGCAUUGAAUGGACAAAAACCAUCGAAAUUAAAAGUUGGAUCUGUUAAUAAUUGAUGAAAUAGGAAAAAUGGAAUUAUUUAGCAAACACUUUUACAACUCAG